GCUGGCAAGGCUGGCGACCACGACGUCUUGCGUCAAAUUUCCCGCGGUGGCGACACGGUGCUGGGCAACAAGGGCAAUGUUCGCAAAUUCUGCACUCGGGCGUUGUGGAAACGCUGCAAACGACUGGCAAACAAGCCCAGCAAGAAACACUCAGCGGGGGGCAAAACGGCCUGCGUUGAUCGCUCGGCUCACGGCGGCCUCGACAGCCAUGGCGGGCUGGACGGCCUCGUGAAGCGCGACGUUGAGUAUACCUGCUCGCGCUCUUUGCGGAGGACGCGGGCACCGAGCACAACCUCACGGCGACAGCGUGGCCCCUGGGCAAAACUUCGUGGUGCGCUUCGCGUUUUUGUGGCUGCGGCGGUGUCUGGAAGAAGCUUCGCGGUCAAGGAGCUCAACCCGGUCAUCGAUGCCUGGCACUCCAACGAAGGCGGCGAAGAACAUCUUGAGUCUUCGGCGACAAAGGCGGGGUGGGCCUUGACCGGCUGA